ACGCACAAAUGCGUGUAUAUAUGUGUGAGUGAAGCUUUCAACAAGGUUUCAUAUGAAAGUAUAGAAAGAUCAAAAUGGCAACAUGCUUUACAAAAAAGCCACUAAUUAGCAUAUGCAUCAUUUUUUCUUGCUUUUUAUCUCAUGCCUAUGGAAGGGUCAAUCCCAACUUUCAAGUUCGAGCUGUUAACUUGGGAGGGUGGCUUGUCACAGAAGGAUGGAUUAAGCCAUCUCUAUUUGAUGCCAUCCCCAACAAAGAUUUCUUGGAUGGAGCCGGGCUGCAAUUCAAGUCAGUAACAGUUGGGAAGUAUCUCUGCGCGGAGUUGGGUGGAGGAACAAUCAUAGUAGCCAACAGAACACAAGCUUCAGGCUGGGAAACAUUUAAGUUGUGGAGGAUCAAUGAGACCACUUUUCAGUUUAGAGUGUUUAACAAUCAAUUUGUGGGACUUGACACUACUACUGCUGGAAAUGGGAUUGAUGUAGUAGCUGUUGCAGACACUCCUGGUGCAUCUGAAACUUUUGAGAUCGUGAGAAAAUCCGAUGACUUGAGCCGUGUUCGGAUCAAAGCACCCAAUGGAUUCUUCUUGCAGGUAAAGACAGAGGAGCUUGUAACUGCAGAUUUUAAAGGGGAUAGCGGAUGGAGAGACGAUGACCCAUCCGUUUUUCUGAUGACAACAACCGGGUCACCACGAGGCGAGUUUCAAGUGACUAAUGGUUAUGGUCCAGCCAAGGCAACACGAGUUAUGAGGGAGCAUUGGAGCACUUUCAUAGUUGAAGAUGACUUCAAGUUCAUAUCAAGCAAUGGAUUGAAUGCUGUGAGAAUACCUGUUGGGUGGUGGAUAGCCAGUGAUCCGACACCUCCACCGCCUUACGUUGGAGGAUCUUUGCAAGCCUUAGACAAUGCCUUCUUAUGGGCACAAAAAUAUGGUGUCAAUGUUAUUAUUGAUCUACAUGCUGCACCGGCUUCUCAAAACGGCUACGAGCACAGCUCUUCCAGAGAUGGUUCUCAGGAAUGGGGAAAGACUGACCAGAACAUACAACAGACAGUUGAUGUAAUAGACUUCUUAACUGCAAGGUAUGCUAAGAAUCCAAGCCUUUACGCGGUUGAGCUGAUCAACGAGCCACUGUCACCAGGAGCAUCUUUAGAGAGCCUAAACAAGUACUACAGCGCUGGUUAUGAAGCUGUCCGGAAGCACUCCUCCACGGCUUAUGUGGUGUUUUCAAACCGGUUAGGAGAACAUGAUCCGAAAGAGUUCUUCCCUCUUGUCAGUGGCUUAAAGGGAUCAGUCAUAGACAUCCAUUACUACAACCUCUUUUCUGAUAUUUUCAACAGCAUGACUGUCCAACAAAACAUUGAUUUCAUCUACACAAACCGGUCAUCGCAGUUGAGUCAAGUUACCACAUCAAAUGGCCCUCUGAUUUUUGUCGGGGAAUGGGUAGCGGAGUGGCAAAUUCAAGGGGCAACAAAAGAGGAUUACCAAAAAUUUGCAAAGGCUCAAUUAGAAGUGUAUGGUCGUGCCUCAUUUGGAUGGGCUUACUGGGCUCUCAAGAAUGUGAACAACCAUUGGAGUCUGAAAUGGAUGAUCGAAAAUGGUUACAUCAAGCUUUAGAUUCUGUAUGUUAUGGUUCUUAGUCUCUCUAUCCCUCGUCGCACCCUUUCUGUAUUCACUGACAAUGUCACCUUGGCUAUUAAUUCAGUCGGCUAAUUACUUGUUUAAUAAAGAUGAUCAUAUGCUUAAAUCUGUUCAGUCAUCGGCAAUAAAUGGUCAUGAUUCGAAAUGUAUUCAUGCCAUACUGAUAUGAAUAGAGUUGUUCCUUUGUAAUAGCA